CGAUCAAGGAAAUUACGGAAUAAAAUGUGGCGAGACAAACUGUCUCUGUUGUUGUCGAUUAUAGUGUUUGUGAUAGACAAAGGGUUCCAGACAUCUUUCAGACCUCAUUCCUGUACACUGCAAUGUGUUUGCCAGGGUUCGCCAGGAUGUGAGUAUUGCAGGAUUAGUAAAGAUGAUGUUGAAACUACACUUGGAUUCACCUCUGCUGGUCUCUUUGCAGGUUGUAUACCAUGGCUGUGUCAUUCUUUUUUAGGUCUGCAGAGUCCUGAGGUCUGCCAGCACUUUGUACAUGCGCCAAGGAAUGUCACUAUUGAGUUUGUGGAAAGUCAAAAUCCUAAAUAUGAGACUGUUGUUGUGUCUUGGAGGCCUAGCCAAUACGGUAUUGCUUUUUUGCGUGGUUUCCUAGUUUCCCUCCAGACUUUAGGAGGCACUCAGAGCACAUGCCAACUCUUGCUUCUUCAAAAUAAUAUGUCAUUCUCAGCUGUGCAUGCUCAAAGGGUGUAUUACUCAGAUUUUUUCACAGAUCUCUCCCUUGGUACCCAGUAUGCAGUGACUGUGAUGGCACUUCCAGUUCCUGAGAUCUGGGAGAAAUUUUAUCAUAGCAAAUUGUUCUUCACUCGCUCAUGUCCUGAGAAAAAUGGCCUGGAGCACUGCAAGACAGACUGGUAUCCCAGAUAUAUUGAAGUCCACCAGGAAAACAAGGAUAUUGUAGUGACUUUUAACUUGGCACCUAAGAAGUUGGGAAUCUCUCGUUAUUUUUCAUCAUGCUUUGGAAGGGACUCACGCAGCAUAUUUACAGUUAUUCAACCAGACUUUAGUGUAAAUAGCACUCAUCAUACAUACCGUUUGCAGAAUCUUCACACAGAAACCAAUUAUACCUGUGAGAUUGCAGCAGAUAUUGUGGAUGCUGUAAGGAAGCCUUUCUUUGUUCAGGUGCAGCACACUGUGAAAGAUCCUUCAGCCUUGAACAAGGCAAGUGUCUCUUUAGCAGUACUCUUCUCUGUGGGUAUUCUACUAGCAGUCUUCUUAGCAGUCAUCUUUACUAUUCACUGGCAGAAAAAACAAAAGCAAAAGGCAGCAAAAACUGACACACCAUCAGACAUAACUGAGGAAUAUUAUGAUGAUUAUACAGAGCAUCAGUUUUUACCAGUAGAAAACAGGACCAGACCACCUCGACUCCUUAUUUGCUACUCCAGUAGUGAUGGUUCUGCCCAUAUAAGAGUUGUCUUACAAUUGGCAACGUUUGUGCAAAAGCAUAUGGCUACUGAGGUACAUUUAGAUCUGUGGGAUGCCUUACGUAUGACAGAGGAGGGAGAUUUUGGGUGGUAUUGCAGGAAGAUGAAGGAGAGCGACUUUGUGCUCGUCAUCUGCUCUAAUGGUCUCAACCAGAGACAGCAUAACCAGAGAGAAGAAGUGGAGGAAAGGACAAAUACCUCCUCUCUAGCUAUUAUAGCCAUGAUUGGAGAAGAGUUAUUCCGUGCCAAAUCUCUGAGUGAGGACAUCUCCAAAUACAUAACUGCAACUUUUGAGUAUUCAAAGUCUUCAGACAUCCCCACCAUGUUAAGUUUGGCCUCUCAUUAUACUCUUCCAGAGGACUUGCCACUGCUCUUCUCCCAUCUUCAUGGAGUGUCCUUGCAGAAGCCAGGAGCUUAUCUUCAAAUAGAAAACAUCUCAGAAAAUGGCUACUCUAAGCUCCCAGCUGGUGCAGCAUUAUUAUUAGCUAUUCAAGAUGCAAGCAUAGUUUUUUCUGGUUUGUAGCCAACUGGGAAAAGAAUUGAAGAUCCUGGACAUAACAAAAUAGCAGGAGAUACACACAUGGACAAAAUUGUUGGUAGCCUUUGGU